AUGUACCCUCCUCCACUAUUCGAGAGUGGUGCAAAUACUGGAUUUGUUCAGACUUUACAAAGUAAAGACACCACUCACGUAGUAGAUGCGACCACCUCAUCACUCAAGCGCACUAGUGAAUCAACUCCUGUCGAUAAAUCCUCUAAUAAAAAAGUUAAAAAGGCUAAGUUAGAAUCACCAAGUUCUUCAUCGAGUACGAUCGCUUCACAAACCAAAACUAUCACGAACUCUGGUAAUUUUACCGAUUUAUACAAUGUAAUUAUCAAGGCUGAAGAACGAAUUGAGAGCACCAAUCAAGAAGCUCAGAAAAAGCUUAUCGAGGAAGUCGCAAAACAGCUUCCCAAUGAUCUCCCGAGAAAUGCAAUUGAGAAAAGAGUAAAAGGGCAAGGAAGCUUUAUAACCUUUUCGAAGCUAUUGGUGGAAAAAGAUAUGGUGGGGACAGCAUAA